ACCGCUUCGUUAAAAUUAUUUCAAGAUGGCAGCGCCCACAAACGACGUUCAUGGAAAAAGUGGAAACGCUGCAGAGACCAAAAAUGAAAGGCACAAUCUGGAGGCAGUGAAGCACACUAUCUUGGUGUUAUCUGGUAAAGGAGGAGUAGGAAAGAGUACAGUUGCAACUCAGAUAGCGUUAACCCUGAAACAGCGUGGGUUUAAAGUUGGCAUUCUAGAUAUUGAUCUGUGUGGUCCAAGCAUUCCUCGUAUGCUGAAUGUUCAAGGAAGUAAUGUACACCAGUGUUCACAAGGGUGGGUGCCAGUGUAUGCAGACAGAGAGCAGAGGCUGUCUGUUAUGUCCAUUGGAUUCUUAUUGAGUAGCAAUGAUGAAGCAGUGGUGUGGAGAGGACCCAAGAAAAAUGCGAUGAUAAAGCAAUUUCUGAGUGAUGUUUUUUGGAAUGACCUAGACUACCUGAUUAUUGACACUCCACCCGGUACGUCUGACGAGCACAUCACAGUAGUAGAAGGUUUACAGCAGUACAAGCCUGACGGUGCAGUGUUAGUUACAACUCCACAGGCUGUUGCGGUCGGAGAUGUGCGAAGGGAACUCACAUUUUGUCGCAAGACCGGUAUACCAGUCCUAGGGGUGGUUGAGAAUAUGAGUGGAUACGUCUGCCCUCACUGUGCGGAAUGUAGCAAUGUGUUUUCUAAAGGAGGUGGGGAAUCACUUGCUAAACAAUUCUCAAUACCAUUUCUUGGUUGCAUACCUCUAGACCCACAACUGACCAAAUGUGCAGAAGAAGGCAAGAGUUUUAUAGAUGCAUUCCCCUCCUCAUCAUCAGCUGGGGCCAUACAAGACGUUGUCAAGACGUUACUCCAAGGAGGUCAAACUCUCAAAACAUGAGAAAGGAUAACUAUUUGUAUUCUUAUUAAUUUUAGUUUUUACCCAUACACCGAUGUGUGUUAGCACUGUUUACUCAGUACUUUUCCGAGUCCUGUG